UUCAAGAUGGUUCGUGCUAAGACUUGGAUCCUGAAGAAGCAUUUUGAAGGCUACCCGACUCAUAGUAACUUUGAGUUGCAGACAACGGAACUCCCAGCCUUAACAAAUGGAGAGGUCCUGCUGGAAGCUUUGUUCCUCACGGUGGAUCCUUAUAUGAGAGUGGCAGCCGAGAGGUUGAAAGAGGGUGAGAAGAUGAUGGGCUAGCAAGUAGCCAGAGUUGUGGAAAGUAAAAACUCAGCCUUUCCCGUGGGAACCACUGUGGUGGCUUCUUCUGGUUGGACAACACACUCCAUUUCUGACAGGACAGGCCUGGAAACGCUGCCUGCAGAAUGGCCAGACACUUUACCCCUGUCUUUGGCUCUGGGGGCAGUCGGCAUGACAGGCCUCACAGCGUACUUUGGCCUGCUUGACAUCUGUGGUGUGAAAGGAGGAGGAACCGUGAUGGUCAAUGCAGCUGCAGGAGCAGUGGGUGCUGUUGUGGGGCAGAGAGCUAAGCUCAAGGUAGGAGGGGAGCUUUCAAAUGUUGUUAUCCCCCAAAUGAAGAAAUUUGGAAGAAUUGCUAUGUGUGGAGCCAUCUCCACCUAUGACAGUACUCGUCCUCUUCCCCCAGGGCCACCCGCUGAGAUUGCCAUCUAUCAGGAACUCCGCAUGGAAGGGUUCAUCGUCUACCGCUGGCAAGGGGCUGUACGCCAGAAAGCUUUGAAAGACUUGCUGACAUGGGUCUCAGAGGGUAAAAGCCAAUACCGCGAAGACGUCAAGGAAGGAUUUGAAAACAUGCCUGCUGCGUGUAUGGGAAUGCUGGAAGGAGACAAUCUGGGGAAAACAAUAGUGAAAGCGUGAGAAAG